UAUUCUACCUCUCUCUCCCUCUUGUCGUUCCAUUUUUACUGUGUGUGCUCAGGGGGUUUCUUUGCCAUCUGCGAGCACCGCGCUCAUGUGUUUGUGUGUUCAGCCUUAUGCACACACAAUAAACUUUUUUUUUUACCGGGACACCAGAUAGAAUUUCAAAGACACCUGCACCGAAAACAAUAUUCGGAACAUUUCUUCCGGACAUAAUCCUGAACUGCUCAGGAGAUCAUUUUUUUCGUUUGUGGCUUUUAGUGCCCCUUUUCAACGAUUUCUGUUUCAUUCGAAACAGGAGCUCGGAAACAUGUUGAGGAGAGGAGGUAUUUAUUUUGAAAGGUUUCCGAAGUUGGGACGCCAAUGAUGCGCGAUGCAAGAGGAACACACACUCUGGGCGUCACUGAACUCAUCUAGAGGACCACAUCUCAUCUCCUCCCCCAUCUUAACUCUACUGACCUCCUCCCCCCCCUACCUCCCUCCUCCAUCCCAGUUUAAGACUCCCCCCUCCUUAACUCUACUGACCUCCUUCCCCCCUACCUCCCUCCUCCAUCCCAGUUAAAGACUCCCCCCUCUUUAACUCUACCUGUGAGAAGAAAGCUAGUGGGCGGGCCCACUGUAUGAUUCCAUUGCCCACUUCUUAACACCUGUGAAACACUGACCAAUCACCAUGCAGACAUCAUCUCUCCGCCGCCAGGUGAAGAACAUGGUCAACCAAUACUCCGAGGCAGAGAUCAAGGUCCGCGAGGCGACCUCCAACGACCCGUGGGGCCCCCCCUCCUCUCUGAUGUCAGAGAUCGCUGACCUGACCUUCAACGUGGUGGCGUUCACUGAGGUCAUGGGUAUGAUCUGGAAACGCCUCAACGACAGCGGGAAGAACUGGAGACACGUCUACAAGGCCCUGACUCUACUCGACUACCUGAUCAAAACGGGCUCGGAACGUGUGGCGCAGCAGUGCAGGGAGAACGUAUACACCAUACAGACCCUACGGGACUUCCAGUUCACAGACAGGGAUGGCAGGGACCAGGGGGUGAAUGUUAGGGAGAAGGCCAAGCAGCUGGUGGCUCUGAUGAGGGAUGAGGAGAGGCUGAAACAGGAGAGGACCCUGGCCCUGAAGACCAAGGAGAGGAUGGCUGGAGCAGCUGCAGGGUCAGGGAUGGGCUCUAGUUCUCUACCUCCACCCUACCCAGGCCGCCGUACCAGCCAGCCCAGCAUGACUGCUCUCUACGGGGAUGACUUCAGCCGGUCCAGGGAGUCCCAUUCCUCUUUCAAUUCCACCUCUUCCUCUCCUCGCCGUGCCGCAUCAGACAUGGAGCAGGCCCGCCCACAGACCAGCGGGGAGGAGGAGCUACAACUGCAGCUGGCUCUGGCCAUGAGCCGAGAGGAGAGUGAAAAGCCUGCUCCCCCGGUGGACAUUGAUGAACAGACUCAGCUCCAGAUCGCCCUGAGCCUCAGCAAGGAGGAAGCUCAGAAGCCGGCCUCGCCUCCUCCGGUUGCCUUGGAUAUGGAUGAAGAGAGACAGCUCCAGAUCGCCCUGAGCCUGAGCAAAGAGGAGCACCAGCAGGAGCAACGGAGUCGCCAAGGAGACGAGUCGUUGCUCCAAAAAGCUCUGGAGGAGAGUAAACGAGAGGCGGCGUCUGGUGGAAUUGGGUCUGCCAUGAUGGAUCUGGUGGAGGUGUUUGCUGUGUCGUCUGAGGUGCCUCCUACUGCUAGUGCCAACUCCUGGAGUCUGCCAGGGGGGAACGUCCGCACCCCUCUCCACCACCCCCUCCCCCAGACCCAGGCUGCUGCUGGGGCAGCCUCUGACCCCUGGGACUCACUGGUAGAGGCUCGCUCCACCCCCGCUGGGAUAGAGUCUCCCUGGAUGGUUCCUCCCACCUCCGGUAGCCCCGCCCCUUCUUGGCAGCGUAGCCGGUCUCCUCCGGACCCCUGGGAGACCCCGGGGGUAGUAGACCCAUUCUCUAUCCCAGAUGCUCUUCGAACUGGCAGCCCUACAGAUGGUGACUUGUUCGACGAGGCGAUGGACGGAGGUCAUUUCAGCCUGAACAGUCGAGGUGAGGGUGAGGGCUGCCCGGAGCUGUUUGAUCUGUCUCGUAUAGGGGACAGUCUGGGGGUCCCCAGCCCUCGAACAUGCCGGACCCCUGAAUCCUUCCUGGGGCCCACAGGGGCCUCCCUGGUCAAUCUGGACAGCCUGAUACCAGCCAACCCCCCAGCCAAGACCAAGAACCCGUUUCUCUCAGGUCUGAGUACUCCAUCUCCCCUCAACCCGUUCCAGAGUGAACAGCCUCGUCUCACUCUGAAUCAGAUGCGUCCCAGCUCCACGUCCCCCGUCCCCCCCUCCGGUCCUCCCUCCCUGCCCUACAGUGCUUCUCUGCCUCUGCCCGCCAGCCACCAGCCGGCCAGCCUGCCCUCCUCCCUCACCCAGCCCACCCAUGGAGCCCUGGACAUACCUGGGCUGCCACAGCCCCUGUUACCUCUUUCCUCCAUCUCGUCUCUGGGAGAGCAGCACAGUCAGAAUCCCUUCCUGUGAUGUCUGUCCAGCUGAACUGAAACCGCUAAGAUGGAAGAUAGACCAACACCAACUUCUGCCAUGCGCAGUAGAACACCUGCUGGGCGUUCACGAGCGGUGUCCUGCUGGGUGUCCACGAGCGGUGUCCUGCUGGGCGUCCACGAAUCGCUGAGAAAUUUAUACAAAAUGACGGUCGAUGUUUUGUAGUCAGAUGUGACAGGACGCCCACCCAGCUGUCGCACGGCCGGCAUUCAUGUUGGUCUGUCUGUCCUCUAACUCUGGUGGAUGGAACAGAGGAAAUAGAAAUGACGCUUAUUAGGUUAUUUUCUGUCAAUCUAACCUCAAAACUCAACAACUGGAAUUCAGACAGAACUGAUAAUCCCCUUAAGUUGUUAUUUUGUUGUUGUUUUUCUAUGGGCUAUAGUACUGUAACGCUUAGAUUGCUUCCUCUGCUACGAUCUGCUCUACCACAACCUGUCCUGUUACUCCUCUCUGCUGAAGAGAGUGAUGGAGGCCUCUGCCUCUGCUCGGGUCUGCUCUACCACAACCUGUCCUGUUACUCCUCUCUGCUGAAGAGAGUCUGCUCGGGUCUGCUCUACCACAACCUGUCCUGUUACUCCUCUCUGCUGAAGAGAGUGAUGGAGGCCUCUGCUCGGGUCUGCUCUACCACAACCUGUCCUGUUACUCCUCUCUGCUGAAGGGAGUGAUGGAGGCCUCUGCCUCUGCUCGGGUCUGCUCUAGCACAACCUGUCCUGUUACUCCUCUCUGCUGAAGAGAGUGAUGGAGGCCUCUGCUCGGGUCUGCUCUACCACAACCUGUCCUGUUACUCCUCUCUGCUGAAGGGAGUGAUGGAGGCUACUGCCUCUGCUCGGGUCUGCUCUACCACAACCUGUCCUGUUACUCCUCUCUGCUGAAGGGAGUGAUGGAGGCCUCUGCCUCUGCUCGGGUCUGCUCUACCACAACCUGUCCUGUUACUCCUCUCUGCUGAAGAGAGUGAUGGAGGCUACUGCCUCUGCUCGGGUCUGCUCUACCACAACCUGUCCUGUUACUCCUCUCUGCUGAAGAGAGUGAUGGAGGAGGAACGAGAGGUAGAAAUAAAGAGAAUAUUCCCAGAACGUGUUUAGGUCUAUAGUAACCUAAUCCUAAGCCAUGACAGAUACUGUACAUACACGCCGAUGCCCAAGCUCAUCCUCCGCUAUAGAAAGCACAGUAGGUGAAGAUGUUUCCAUCUUAAAGUAAUUAGCAAUACUUUACAGAGUGAGUGUGUCUGCACUAACCUGGUCUCAGAUCUGUUUGUGCUGUCCUGCCAACUCCUAUGGGUCAUUGGCUAUACAGCAGAAACUGAUCUGGGACCAGGUUAGUUAACUGCUUUUCCAACUGCUUCUUACCCAGUCACAUGCCCCGCCCACUCUGCUGCAUACUUUAGUUUGAUUGGCUCCUCACUGUUGCUCCUGAUCCAGCACUGAACUGAUUGUACACCAGAUAUGCCUGCUUAUCUCUCCGACCGACGGACCACAAUGCACUGGGACAGGACGCCCACUGUUCCUGCCGCACUGCUCUAUGCUGAUUGGUCGAUCCGCUCUCUGGACUGCUUUCAUUGGUUGGCUCUUUUUCUCCUAUUAUCUCUCCCAUGAUGCCCCAGGGGAUAACUCGGACAAGUCUGUUCAGGAGGAUGUAACGUUACAGAAUGCUCAGAUAGAAAUGUAUCGUGUAGAACAGAUAUGAUUGUCUGCCAGAUAGAAUAGGGGAAGCGUGUCGGCUCUAUUCAAUCUAUUUCUAUCCGUUCUGAACGUUUCCCAGCACAGACUGCAACUCAGAUAGAAAUGUAUCAUAUAGAACAGAUAUGAUUGUCAACCAGAUAGAAUAAGGGAAGUGUGUCGGCUCUGUUCAAUCAACUUCUAUCUGCAAAUGUUCCGAUGAUGAUUCCUAGCGCCGACUACAACUCUGAUUUCUGAGAACGGGCAUAGAACAUUCCACGGCGAUGAUGAGACGCCAGCCAACCCCCAUCCACAUAAUGAACACUUGAGUUUUUACGUUUCCUUUUUGUUACAUUGGGCCUAGUAAGGCCAUCCGUCUGACUGGGUUCUCGUGUAAAAGGAUGGUUUGCUGUUGGAAUGGAACUGCGCUGAUGGCGAGAGAGAUUCUAAGGUAGUUCUAUUGUGUUGUAGUGAACUGGAGGCCCCCCUUUUGAGGGAUAACUGAGUGAAAUCUGCUUUUCUUAAGAGACCGGAACCACUGCAGGACUCACUAUAGCGGGGCAAAUCCUAACGCUCUCACUUCAAGUUGAGUUUUGCAUUGAUGUCAAUGGGGAGAAGUGGAAAUUCAAUUGAAUUCGGUGGAAGUUAGGAAGUUAGCAUUCGACCCCUAUAAAGCAACGCAUAUUAGAAUGUAUGAAUUGAUAUCAUGAUUAUUUUCCCUCUCUCAUUGCUGUGAUCAUUACUUGUGAAACACUGAUUGUCAUCGUCAAAUAUAAGGCUAUGAUGAACUAAUAACGACA